GUGACCGACACGAAUAAGAUGCCGAGAGGUUCCUACAAUGCGGCAGACAGUGGUGAAGGUCAUGGCACUGACUCUAAGACACGACGAGAAGCUCAACACUCAGGAGGAGACACUGCAUGGAGCAGGUGUUACAGACUGACUGCAGUGUGUGAGAUGCUGCUGUGUGUUCUCCUGCUGACUGCCAUCACAGUGCUGUGGAUCAAUUACCACAUCCUGAAGAUAGAAAACAUCCAGCUAAAGACCAGUAACAACAACCUGACUAUAGAGAGAAACCAGUUACAGACCAGUAACAACAACCUGACUAAAGAGAGAAACCAGUUGCACACCAGUAACAACAACCUGACUAUGGAGAGAGACCAGUUACAGACCAGUAACAACAACCUGACUAUAGAGAGAAACCAGUUACAGACCAGUAACAACAAACUGACUAUAGAGAGAAACCAGUUACAGACCUGCUGUAACAAGCCGAGUAAGGAGAGAGAGCAGUUGCAAACCAGUAACAACAACCUGACUAUAGAGAGAAACCAGUUACAGACCAGUAACAACGACCUGACUAUAAAGAGAGACCAGUUACAGACCAGUAACAACAAACUGACCAUAGAGAGAAACCAGUUACAGACCAGUAACAACAACCUGACUUUAGAGAGAAACCAGUUACAGACCUGCUGUAACAAGCCGAGUAAGGAGAGAGAGCGGUGUCAGUCUGAUUACAACAUUCUGAUUACUGAAAACAACCAGCUACAGACCAAUUACAACAACCUGACUACAGAGAGAAACCAGUUACAAUGGGAAAAAAAGGAAAUCCUGAAAUUUUCUAAACUGGGAUGGAUUUAUUUCAGCUUAAGUCUUUACUACAUCUCUACUGAGAGGAAGAACUGGACUGAGAGCAGAGAGAACUGCAGAGAGAGAGGAGCAGACCUGGUGAUCAUAAACAGCACAGAGGAACAGGAAUUCAUCAAUAAACUACCGAACUACAGAAGAGCUUGGAUUGGUCUGAGUAACAGAGAGAACAAGUGGAAGUGGGUGGACGAUACAACACUGAUCACUGGGUUCUGGGGACAGACAGAACCCAAUGGUGGUACACAUGAGAACUGUGUUGUAACUGGUGAUAAGACUGAUCCUGUGAUGAACUGGGCUGAUUAUCCCUGUAAUAGACAGCAUAAUUGGAUCUGUGAGAAGAGAAUCUUUAACUGAACUGCUGUAUGUAAAUGAAAAGCAGUAAAUUAAAUGUACAUGUGUAUCUGUGUGUGUGUGUGUGUGUGUUGUGUCUGUAAAAUCCUCAUUACUGUUAAUAACUCUGUAACCAUCACGGUGUCACCUGUUUUACUUCCAGAGCUAAUUUCUAUAUUCAUUUUUGUUUAGGGAACGCUACAGAUUUUACAUCAGUAAUGUGUAUGAACUCCAGCUCUGUGGUGUCUUAUUUGGGACUGAACUGCUGUUGGCUGACUUAGCAGUCACAUUUGUGCAAAAAUGGCUGCGAGAUUUAGGUUUCACAGCCUUAAAAAUCACUUAAGAUAACUAAAUUGCAUGUGCAGUAUAUAUUACAAUGUGUCCAGUGGUCUAGAGAUGGUUUUAUUAGGUUUGGCCUCCACAAAUAGAAAUUAUAAUCUCGGACUCCAAAUCUCCUGAGAUUGAACAGGCAUGUUCAUUCUUUUUGUCACUGACGGUAACUUGC